GCAAGAGCCUUCCUCUUGCUACUCGGCCGCCGACAUGCCAUCCAGACUGAGGAAGACCCGCAAACUUCGGGGCCACGUGAGCCACGGCCACGGCCGCAUCGGCAAGCACAGGAAGCACCCGGGGGGCCGCGGGAAUGCUGGCGGCCUGCAUCAUCACAGGAUCAACUUCGACAAAUAUCACCCAGGUUACUUUGGGAAAGUUGGUAUGAGGCAUUACCACUUGAAGAGGAACCAGAGCUUCUGCCCAACUGUCAACCUUGACAAACUGUGGACCCUGGUCAGUGAGCAGACACGGGUGAAUGCUGCCAAAAGCAAGACUGGAGUUGCUCCCAUCAUUGAUGUGGUGCGAUCGGGCUACUACAAAGUUCUGGGGAAGGGAAAGCUCCCAAAGCAGCCUGUCAUUGUGAAGGCCAAGUUCUUCAGCAGAAGAGCCGAGGAGAAGAUUAAGGGUGUUGGUGGGGCCUGUGUCCUGGUAGCUUGAAGCUACAUGGAGGGGAGUUCAUUAAAAUAUCCAAGUACUUU